AUGUUUAGAAAAGCAUUGGUGUGUCUAUCGACCUUACACUUUUAUAGUGUAAUGGCUCAAGGCGAGUGUAUAGACUUCCGCGGUCGACACAUAUCAAACGGUUUGCAUUAUGUGCCCGGCCCCGAUACAUGUACGCUUUGCAUCUGUGAAAAUGGUUUGCCUAAAGUGUGUAAAGCUGUUUUGUGUUCACCCCCACAAGAUUGCCGAUCAUUCCGUUUGGGCAAUACUUGCUGUGAGUUCAUUUGUCUUGAUGAUGUAGUGAAACCGACUGACGGGGCAGAGGCCAAUAUCAGGGUUGCAGCAUCAGGGGCUGCGUCAGUGGUCCUAUUAACUAUUGCCCUCGUUGUAUAUAGAGUGAGGAAACAGAAACGACGUAGACCUCUACAUGCUGAAGACCAAAGGAGUUUGACCAGUAUAGGGUAUAUCAGUGGCAGUAUGGGGUACAUGGGAGGCACUUGUGAGACAUCUCAACUGGGUGCAUGGAAGCCCCCUUCAAACUAUCUUCCUAGAGGAGAAGCUCCACCGCCCUAUGAAGAGGCUAUGGCACAAUGCAGAUCGGAUCCUAUGAGAGUAACAAAUGAAACGUCUUUCCACCGUUCAUACCCUUUGGAGCCCCGAGAUGAAGUUUGUGCUACCCAUGCAUAUGUUAAUCUGCCAAGACCACUUGUACAGAUGGCCAAUACUCAGAACUGCUACAACGCUCCGCUCCUACAACCAGUACAUCCGCCUGAGGCGAGAGAGGCGGUCGUCAUGCCGCAUCCAUUAGUAGCUAAUAUGGGGGUUGGGGGUCGCCUGACGGGGUCGUUGGGGGCUAUCAGCGCCCGCCUCAGUGUACCAAGGGAUGAUCAUGAACGUGACAGAGUUGAACGUGUUGAACGACCCCACAAUGUACCCGGCUUUUACACCACACAUACUGCACUACACCGUACAAUACCACGUAUAUCGACGGCCCUGGAUACAUCGACAUUAGAAGCGAUGGGUUUCAGUCGAGCGGAUCGUUCUUUAGCAGGGGAGGUGAGGAGGUCCUUCCACCGACCGGACGCCAGGGAGAGAGACAGACCUCACACGGGCCGGAGCGUGCCGAGGAACUUGAACAUAGCGUCCGCCUCGCCCGCCUCGCCUCAACACGAACACGACGAUGAUCGUGCUGUACGGCCUCGUCUCCAUAGUGUUCACAACGACGAAGACAAGAAGGAGUUGACACCACACAAUCACCCAACACUACCUCUUACUGUGGACAAACCCUCCUGCGAGUGUAGCUACGAGGCCGCCCGUGACGCAGAUGAUUAUCGCAGCGAGUGUGAGAACUGCCACUCAACGAACAACUCGGGCUCUCCCCCCUCAGUUGGGAGGAGGGCAGUAGUGAGUGGGGGGGAGGCGGGACUCAGACGCUGCAGAGACGAGCGCCGCCGCCGGCCGCACAGCCCGCCGCCACCGCCACGCUGCCGCAGCCGGUCACUAAGGGACAGGGCCGUAACGGAAUGGGCAACCCUUCGAACUGGGAGAACUGGUUCAAUACGAUCCCAGACUCCGACAGUGAGUCAGAAGAAGAAUGAUAACUUAUUGUAUUUAAUUUUAUAA